GAGGCCUUUCUCCUUGGCUUAUAGCUGGUCAUCUCCUCCCUGUGUCUUCACAUGGUCUUCCCUCUGGAACUUUUUAUGUCCAAAUUUUCUCUUCUUAUAAUGACACCAGUUAUAUUGGAGUAGGGCCACUCUAAUGACCUCAUUUUUACUUAGUUAUCUCUUUAAAGACCUUACCUCCAAAGACAGUGACAUUCUAAGGUACUAGGGGUUAGGAUGUCAACAUACGAAUAUGGGAGACGGAAUAAUUCAGCCUGGAACAGCUCCACGUCACAAAUUUGAUUUGCCUCUGCAACUUGACUCUCCUCUAGGAAGAGUACUCCAGAGAGCAGGGAUAUGGCACCAGGACUCCUGACAACCAGGGAGGAGGCAUUGAUGGCCUUCUGGGAUGUGGCUGUGGCCUUUACCCAGAAGGAGUGGAAGCUAUUGAGUUCUGCUCAGAGGACCCUGUACAGGGAGGUGAUGCUGGAGAACUACAGCCAUCUGGUCUCUGUGGGAAUUGCAUUUUCCAAACCAAAACUCAUCAAACAGCUGGAGCAAGGCGAUGAACCUUGGAGAGAGGAGAACGAACAUCUGGACCUUUGUCCAGCAGAGCCUAGGACAGAAUUCCAGCCCAGUCUUCCCCACCUGGUGGCCUUUUCUAGCUCGCAGCUCCUCAGACAAUAUGCGCUAAGUGGUCAUCCCACACAGAUCUUCCCAAGCUCAUCUGCAGGAGGUGACUUCCAACUAGAAGCUCCAAGAUGCUCUAGUGAAAAAGGAGAAAGUGGAGAGACAGAAGGCCCCGACACCUCAUUAAGAAAGAGGCCAAGCAGAAUUUCUAGGACAUUCUUCAGCCCACAUCAAGGUGACCCAGUAGAAUGGGUAGAAGGGAACAGAGAAGGAGGAACAGACCUUCGCCUGGCCCAGAGGAUGAGUCCUGGGGGGUCAGACACAAUGUUGAAGGGAGUAGACACCUCAGAAUCUGGAGCAGUCAUACGUGGAAUCUAUAGACUGGGACUUAGCAAAAAGUCAAGCCUGUUCAGCCACCAGAAGCAUCAUGUGUGCCCUGAAUGCAGGAGAGGCUUUUGCCAGAGAUCAGACCUUAUCAAGCACCAGAGGACACACACCGGGGAGAAGCCAUACCUGUGUCCUGAGUGUGGGCGUCGGUUUAGCCAGAAGGCCUCCCUCUCCAUACACCAGAGGAAGCACUCGGGGGAGAAGCCCUAUGUGUGCAGGGAAUGUGGGCGACACUUCAGGUAUACAUCCUCCCUCACUAAUCACAAGAGGAUUCACUCCGGGGAGAGGCCCUUUGUGUGUCAGGAGUGUGGGCGAGGCUUUCGCCAGAAGAUAGCCCUCAUUCUACACCAGAGGACGCACUUGGAGGAGAAGCCCUUCAUGUGUCCCGAGUGUGGGAGAGGCUUUUGCCAGAAGGCAUCACUCCUCCAGCACCAGAGCUCACACACAGGGGAGAGGCCCUUCCUGUGCCUUGAGUGCGGGCGUGGCUUCAGGCAGCAGUCACUCCUCCUUAGUCACCAGGUCACACACUCAGGAGAGAAGCCUUAUGUCUGUGCUGAGUGUGGGCACAGCUUUCGCCAGAAGGUCACUCUCAUCAGGCACCAGAGGACACACACAGGGGAGAAGCCUUACCUGUGCCCCCAGUGUGGGCGGGGUUUUAGCCAGAAGGUCACCCUCAUUGGACACCAGAGGACACACACAGGGGAGAAGCCCUACCUGUGCCCUGAUUGUGGGCGUGGCUUUGGUCAAAAGGUCACCCUCAUCAGACACCAGAGGACACACACAGGGGAGAAGCCUUAUCUGUGCCCUGAGUGUGGGCGUUCCUUUGGCUUUAAGUCGCUCCUCACCCGACACCAGAGGACACACUCAGAGGAGGAGCUUUAUGUAGACAGGGUGUGUGGACAAGGAUUUGGCCAGAAGUCACACCUUAUCUCUGACCAAAGGACACACUCAGGAGAGAAGCCCUGCAUUUGCGAUGAAUGUGGGCGCGGCUUUGGCUUUAAGUCUGCCCUCAUCCGACAUCAGCGGACCCAUUCUGGGGAGAAGCCGUAUGUCUGCAGGGAGUGUGGGCGUGGCUUUAGCCAGAAGUCUCACUUGCAUAGACACAGGAGGACCAAGUCUGGUCAUCAGCUCCUACCCCAAGAGGUCUUCUGACCUUUCAUUUCCCCGUGAGUGUGAAGCUGGCAGAAAUCACUAGUAAAUGCUUCAGUUUCCUGAAAUGGAAUGGAAAAAAAAAAUGUUGCUUUCUUUCAUCGGUCAUGAGAUAGUUGAUUUUUGGUUUACUUUCUAUAUUCACAAUUUGUCUUGGCUUGCUAGGGGUUCCAUAACAAAGUACCCCAGGCUGGGUGACUUUGACAACAGAAAUAUAUUUUCAUAUUUAUGGAGGCUGGAAGUCCCAGAUGAAGGUAUUGGUAGGUUUGGCUGCUGCUAAAGCCUCUCUGCUUGGCUUGCGGAUGGCUGCUUUCUGGCCACGUCCUCACGUGGGCUUUUUUCUGUGUGCAUGCUUUCCUGGUGUGGCUUCCUCCUCUUCUAGGGACACCAGUCAUUUUGGAUAGAGCCACAGCCACAUGGCCUCAUUUAACCUUAAUAACCUUCUUAAAGGUCCUAUCUCCAGAUACAGUCACACUACACGGUUGGGACUUCAACAUAUGAAUUUUUGGGAAACUCAAUUUAGUCUAUAACACUCCACUACCAAAGUUCAGGUCCCUCAGACAUUCAAAAUACAUUCACAUGAUCCCACCAGUCCCAAAAUUCUUUACCCAUUUCAACCUCAACUCUAGAUCCAAAAUCUCAUUUAAAUAUCAUCUAAAUCAAGCGUGAAUGAGACUUUAGGUACAAAUCAUCCUUAGGCAAAAUUCUCCAGGUGUGAUGCUGUGAAACCAGACAGAUUAUCUGCUUCCAAAAUAUUAUACAAUGGUGGGACAAGCAGAGGCUGGACUUCCCCAUUCCAAAGGAGAGACAUGAGAAAGAAAUGAAGAACGAUGGAUCCCAAGAAAGUCUCAAACCUGGCAAGGCAACUUCCAUUAGAUUUUAAGUCUCGGGAAUAAUCCCGUUUGGCUCAGUGCUCUGCCCUCUGGGCCAAUUGGAUUGGCAGCCCUGCUUUUUAGGCUCACGGGAGCUGCAGUGUCGCUCCCUUGGCCCUUGGCAGCGGCUCUUGGCCCACUGAAAUUGAGGAGGAGACAUACUUGCCCUCUAGACCUGUACUCUUUGGGCCCAUUAGAACCUUUGAGAAUCACAUUCUUCCCUUUUCUUGAAGAUCAACGUAUGUUUGCAACUGGAUAGCUCUAUUGUACCUUCCUGUAGAAUCCCAGAAGUCUAACAGCCGGCCUUCAUUUUGUCGUGUCUCUUUCUCUAUUCAGUUCAGGCUGGCAGCAUUUCUGGUGAGAUGGUUAAUUGGUUCCAUUCAGACCUAUACUAAUCUCUUUAUCACAUGGUUGUCCAGCCACAGCCUAGUGUUCUUUGGAGAACAUACUUUCUCAUUUUUUGCAAUGCGGACAGGCUGAGAAUUUUCCAAAUCUUUAAGUACUGGUUCUUUUUUGCUUAACAUUUCCUUCAAUUUAUCUUUCUACUCUCAUAUUUUACUAUAAGCAGCAAGGAGAAAACAGACUCCACUUGCAUCACUUUGUAUAGAAAUAUCACCUGAAUAUUCUGCACUGCCUCACUCACAAUUUCUAUACUCCACAAAACACUAGAAUGCAAUUUGGGCAAGUCCUUUGCAAGGAUUCCAGUUUCCCAUUACCCAUUCCUCAUUUCUGUCUGAGACCUCACCACAAUCACCUUAAAAUUAAAAAAAAAAAAAACAACAACAUUUUGUAGAUACGGGUUUUUGCUAUGUUGCUUAACCUGGUCUCAUACACCUGGCCUCAAAUGAUCCUCCUGCUUUGCCCUCUCAAAGUGUGAGCCACCACACCCAGCCCAGAACCUUUAACAUCUACAUUCCUACCAACAGUGUUUUAAAGGUCAUCCAGGCUUUUCCUAACAUGUGUCUCAGAACUCUUGUAUCUUCUUUCUACCAAGUACCCAGUUCCAAGCCACUUCCACAUUUUAGGUUACAAAGCAUCCCAAUCACAGUACCAAAAUCUGUAUUAAUUUGCUAGGGCUGACAUAAGAAAACAGCAGACUGGGUGUCUUAAGCAAUAGGACAUUUAUCUUCUCAUAGUUCAGGAAACUGGAAGUCCUAGAAUAAGGUGUUGGCAGAUUUGGUUUCUACUAAGGCCUCUCUCCUUGGCCUGCAGAUGGCUGCCUUCCCUCUGUGGUGUCACAUAGCUUAUUCUUUGUACACACACUUUCCUGGUGUCUCUUGUUAAAAGGACACCAGUGAUACUGGAUUAGGGCAACAUCCUAAAGACCUCGUUUUAACCUUAAUUACAACUUUAAAUGUCCUAUAUGCAAAAACAGUCACACUGGGGAUUAGGGAUUCAACAUAUGAAUUUGGGUGGGGAGGGACACAAUUUAGUCCAUAACACUCUGCCUUCUGGACUUCCAAAAUUCAUGUCUAGCCGUGAGCACCUGCCAUAAGAGUGCUCUCCUGAAUUCCUUUCCUUUCUCCAUAAGUGUGAAGAUGGCAGAAAUCAAUAACAGAUGUUCCACUUUCCUGAUAUGGAAUGGAGGAAAAAGAGUUGCUUUCCUUCACUGAUCAUGAGAUAGUUGGUUUAUGCUUUACUUUCUGCACAGUGGUCCUUUGUAUUUUAUGGUCUUUUGUUUUAAUAAACUGCUUCUCUACAAAGCUGCA